UUGCUUGUCGCCGUUGCUGUCCCUGAUCGGUGUUUGUGUGUGGACAUGUUCCCAGUCCCAGGUCUCUGCCCACAACAGAUUUGGGGCAAACGGGAAAAGCAAAAUGCAUCAUUCUCUGUGCCUUUUUAUGGGAUUAAUUUGUGUGAUAUGGCACACCACUCAUGGCCUCAAGGACGAGAUCUUGUUCCAAAAGGGCUACGAUUCGCAAAUGAUUCCCAUGUCGACCACCGAUGGUUCUCCACUGCAGAUUAAUGUGUCCAUCAAUUUGAGAAACAUCAUGGAGGUGAAUGAGAAAUCUCAGUAUGUGGUUUUGGAGACCUCGUUACGAUUGGUUUGGAUCGACCCUCGUGUCGAUGUGGUUUUGACCCCGGAUGUGGGAGAGUUCAUCUCUCUUAACGACCAGGAGCUGAUCCAAACGUUUUGGAUCCCGGACAUUUUCGUGGAUCAAGUCAAGAGCAUGAGGGCACCUACCCUAGAGAGACGACCUGCCACACUGAGAAUUCACCCUGGCGGCCGAAUGAGAUACUCGUCGCGAGUCAAUUACGAUGUGGCAUGUAAUAUGGACUUUCACCACUAUCCGGUGGAUAAGCAAGUCUGCGAAAUCAAGUUCGAGAGCUUUGGCUACACCUCUGACCAGAUUCAGUUUCAAUGGGACCCCGUGUCUUCCAACGUCAACCCCAACAUCAGCUUGGAUCAAUUUCAAAGCGAGAUCGUGUUUGAGAGCUCCUACGCCACGGACUACUACGCCAAGAGCUACCCGGGAGUGAUCUUGCGCAUUCACCUGGCCCGUAAGAUGAACUACCACUUGAUCCAGACGUACAUUCCCAGUUUCCUGUUUGUCAUCAUCGCCUGGCUUUCGCUCUUCAUCAGUCCCGAAGCCAUUCCAGGUCGUGUGUCUAUGGUCAUGAUGACUAUGCUGACUUUAAUGUCCAUGUUCAGCGGAGUGCGUCAAAGCACGCCCAAGGUGAGCUAUGUGAGCUUCUUGGACAUUUGGAUGAUCAUGUGCGUUUUUUUCAUCUUCCUGGUUCUCAUCGAAUUCUCCAUCGUGUCCGCCAUGAUUCGGAAGGGCCAACGAGCCCAAGCUGAUCGCAUCGAAAGGUUGGGUCUCAUUCUCAUUCCCACCCUGAUUCUCAUCUUCAAUCUGGCAUAUUGGUUCUGGUUACUUGCGGCCUAUAACAAUUCACACCCACCCACCACACCAGACAAUCAUUCGUUCAUCCCUUGUAUACGUAUACCGAUGCUGCUCACUUGGUAUGCAUGUCGAGGAGCUCUCGUUGGCAUUCCAAUAGUUGGAGUCAUUUCCAAUAGUUACUCUAUCCGUCCGUCCGACCGUCCAACACCUAUCCAUUCACGUUCGUUGGUUGUAGCAAACGAACGAACAAACCAAGGAACAAACGAGGGAACGAAGGAACGAAGGGAACAGACAGUCAAGACAGCUCAAGAGUCUCCCGAUUUCGUCACAAAAGCAGCUAGCAGCAUGCAACGUAUUACAGCCUACACAGUAGCACGUAUUGGUUUAACUGGCCCUUGGUCGGUGAUGUCACAUCCGGCUCUCAUGGGAGUCCUCAGCCACGCAAUCGAGGAUGAUCAUGAAUAUGAGAGAGUGGUCCUCGUUUUCUCAUUCCCCAAUUCAACUUACGAGCUGAGACCCACCGUUCCAUUUUGGGUUGCUCCCUCGCUCGUUCCAUCCUUCGUUCCUCCUUGGGCCGUUCCAUCUGGAUCAAUUGAGAGAAGAAGUGAAAGAGUGUCAAGUGUCCCAUUGUUCUCAUUCGAAUAAACGAUUACCGACCGAAGAAGAGGAAAGAGAGAAAGAGAGAAAGAGAGAGAGAGAGAGAGAGAGAGCUACUCCAUUGGUCCAUUCGGCCUCCUGGUCACCAUCCACCCAGGAGCACUCCAUCCGAGAGGCUAGAACCACUCCAUAGAGAUUACUCCAAUGGAAUAAGAUAGUUGCCUUCAAGGGUCCAGUUCCAAUAAUGUUAUUGGAAAUGCUUCGGUUGUGCACGUCGGCGCCACAGUUAUUAUUGGGAUUCCCUUCUUUUUUUCCCUGUUCAAGCCAGCCCGUCACAAGGAUGGCAGUGGAAAUCCCACCAGACUUUUUAGGCAUGGAACACUACUUCAUUCAGAGUUGGCCAGCCAAGGUUUGGAGUGUAUCAAUUUCCAAGUGGAAAUUGGAAGGGAAUAACCACAACCACGACCAGUCUUAUCAUGACCAUGAUGACGAUGACGAGCAUGAUGAUGAUGAUGAUGAUAAGAGGCAACCAACAUUUAAGUCGUGGUUCGAGUACUUUUCUGGACUUGGAGCAACUUUUUUUCCUCUUAUGUCUCCCAAAAAGCAAGUUCUUUCAAUGAUUCUUUUUUACAUCUUCAUCUUCAUUCAGCAUUUGCUGACGUUCGAAAAGAAGAAAAAAACUGCUCCGAACAUUGACUGAAUGAUGGCAAUCUACCUUCAGAGGUGCACAAAUACUCUUUGACUCAAUAUCCUUAUCAGGCACGCACAAAAAAUAUCCCGAUGUGGCACAUUCAAAUGGUGUGACCCUCCCCUAGUUUUUUAUUGUCUAGCAUCCAAACACGGAGGAUGUUCGACAUGAUGAUGAUGAUGAUAUGGGAGGGAAAGUUGUUUUAAAUGA